AUGGGUCCACCUAACACUUUUGUCUGUUGCGGGGAAAUAAUCCAAAACAUUCCUGAUUUCUUGGAACAUACUGAUACAGCCCAUCCUGGUUUCAUUAAUGACCAGAACUACGGAAUGCUUUCAUUUAAUGCUAGCAUUACUUACUCUCAAGGUCAUGGAAUUCCUAUCUCAAUUCCUAAUAACAGAAAUAACGGUGUUUAUGGACAUGCAUACUUGACCAAUGGAAAAAAGAUUUUGAUGAAUGAAGCAGAUGCCACGUUCAAUAAUGAAUUUUAUUUGACAAAUCAGAUAGCAUUGUCCAACAGCAACUAUUGUAAUUAUGAUUACAACAAUAGUUUUACCUAUGGUUUAAAAGAUCCAAAUGAUGCAUCUGUCAUCCUGGGAAACCAAGUCUUGUCAGAUCGCUCAUCUAUUUCAGGAAACUUGGAUAAUGAUCCUCUCAUAUUUGGGUCUUUUCCUUAUAACGAUGACAAUAAUAAUCAAUAUUCCACCGCUUCAUCACCAUCAUCAGAUAAUUCAUCUAUUUCAGGAAGCUUAGAAGAUGAUCCUCUAUUCUUUGUAUCUAAUAGUAGUAUUUCAUCAACUUCCACAACUUAUUCACCGGAUACAAUUUCUGCAACAUACUCACCGACAUCAUCAGCUGCCGCAACUUCUUCACUAGUCAAGAUGGUAAAUAAUAAUGGUGAUACUGUAAUCAAUCAAACAGCAGCUACAUAUAUUCCUAAUAAUGUGCUCGUUUCCUCUCCCACUACAUACUCUAAUUCUAUCAACACAACCACUAGCACCGCCAUUGCAUCAUCAUCAACUUCUUCAAACGCCUCACUAGUCAACAACAAUCAAACAGCCGCAACAUAUAAUAUUCCAAACACACAAUACCCUGUCAACUAUUCUCUUUUUUAUAAUGUUCCAUCUGUUUGCACCAACAACAAUGGAACUGUUGACUAUGCUUCAAGAUAUCCAAGAAUCCAGCCAAAAACUUCAAUUACCUUGGCUGAUAUUUGUGUUGACCCAACAAAAUCAUCAAAGAAACGUUCAUCCUCAUUUUUAGAUGAAGAUAGAUAUAAUAAUAAAAGACGUCUUAAUAGGAUAAAUGAAGUUUCAACAAACAUGGUUGGUGGCGUAUUACCGGUUCCGGGUAUGAUUGUAAAUAAAGAUCUUUCGACCCAAUCGGAAGACAAAUACCCUUACAAAUGCACCAUCCUUGGUUGCCCAAAGGUGUAUAAAAAUGCCAAUGGAUUAAAAUAUCAUAAUGAACACGGUCACGUAGAACAGAAUGAUAAUGGCCGUUCAAAACCAUUCCCAUGUCGUGUCGCCGGAUGUAAUAAGUCAUACGGAAGCAAAGGUGGUUUGAUCUAUCAUAUCAACCAUUCUCAUCCUCAAGAUGUAUGGGCACUACCAUAA